AUGGCCAUUGACGAUCAAGUCUCAUUGGCCAUAAAAAAACAAAUAAACGACCAAAAAGUACAAAAUCUCUUCAGAGGAAAACGGUUCUAUCUUAUGCGAGAAAUUCCAAGAGAUGUCGUCUGUCUGAUCGUAAGAUCAUGUGGAGGAGAAUGCUCCUGGGACAAGUCUGUGAGCCCUGGUGCAACAUUUCCGGAAGACGAUCCAAAGAUAGACUACCAAAUCGUUGAUAGACCCAUGACUGAUUUGAAAAUAACAAGGUACUACGUCCAACCACAGUGGGUUUUUGACAGUUUGAACGCUGGGCGUAUUUUACCCGCUCAGGAUUAUUUACCAGGGGUCAGUUUACCACCUCACUUGAGUCCGUUUACCGCUGGUUCCGGUCUCAACGAAAUACUAGUCCAAUCUUCUGUGAGUCAGCGCGGUGGCUUGAUAGGUGUUGCUCCUGGUUUCGGUGAGGGUGCCAAUACGUAUCGACCACCGGAAGCCGACUAUUUCGCCGGGCUCGUUAGUUUAGCUGAGCUUCGAGGAAACGCCGUUCAGGCACAGGCUGAAGGAAGAGCGCCGUUGGAGAUAUCGUCGCUCACCGCGUAUGAGCAUGACGAUAACCAUAAUGGGCAGUCAGACGACGAUGAAUCAAUGCAGUCAGAGCCGGAAACUCAUGAAGUCAAAACGAAAAAACAAAAAGAAAAUGCAAAGCUGAAAAAGUCCAUCAAAGGUAAAUCAUUGGUGUUCCUGUUUUGUUUACCAGAGUUUCUUCAAACCCGUUUUCUGUAUUUUGCACUAGGUAUGGAUCCUCUAAUCACUCCUGGCCGUUCUGAAAACAAAAAGGCUCAGCUCAUGCAGGAGAGAGCAGAAGCCAAUGCCGAGCGCAAGCUACGUGAAAUGCUUUUACCCAAGAAGCAUCGAAACGCUUAUAAGAAGAUGGUUCAUUCAAUCAAACGAAAAGAGAAGGAAGUCCGCCAGCUUACCGAAAAGCGCCGUGUGAUUGACUCGUGA